GCCCCGCCCCUCGGCUCCGCCCCGGCCAAUCAGGAGCAGCGAACCGCCCCGAGCGGGGUCACGUGGCCGGCGGCCGCGUCCUUCCGUCCGGCGGCUGGCAGGGCGCGGGAGCCCGCGGGGGAGGGCCGAAGGCUCCGGUGCCGCCCCGGCCAUGCUGGUGAACAGGAGAGUGAAGCGCCUGUUGCAGCUGGUGCCUGGGAAGCAGCGCUUCGGCUCGUACAGGUUCCUGCCCUUCUUCUUCCUCCUCGGGGGAGCGAUGGAGUGGUUCAUGAUUAACGUCCGCAUUGGCAAAGAGACCUUCUAUGACGUUUACCGUAGGAAACGAUCAGAAAGACAGUACAAAGCAAGGAUGGAAGAAAACUAAUUUUAUCUGACACAUUUCAAGGGAAAGGUCCUGAAUGCUUCAACUGUAUUAAUACCAAAGAAGCAUUCCUGCCAGGCUGAUGGCAGGGGAAUGUUUUGUCUGCAAGAUGAGCUGUAAUCCCCAAUUUGUGAAUAAGUUUGUGAAGAUGCUCUUGGGUAACGUGUGGCAGUUUAUUCCUCUUCCAUCUACUUCCUAUCUUUAAUGCUUUGUAUUAAAUGCAAAAAUGUCAUUGUACAUAGGUCUCUGCCACCUAUUUAAUGUGUUUAGUACUUUUAAAUAAAUGAAAUGGAGUAAGCA